UGAAAAGAAAGGACAUCUAAGUCGUCCACAUCAAAGGAAAGAUGAGUACCGGAGCCGCAGCAGCUGCCGCAUCCACCACUUCAAAAAUUGACUAUUCUUGCACUCCAGAAAACAUGGCAGAAGCUCGGGUGGGCUCUGGGAAGGUGGCCCUUUUCUGCCAGGAAGCACCAGGGGGGAUCACCUAUCGCAUCCCAGCCCUGCUGUACCUGCCCCAGGAGUCCAUUUUUCUGGCUUUUGCUGAGAAGCGCUCGUCAUUCAGGGAUGAAGAUGCUGAAUUCCUGGUGAUGCGACGAGGGCACAAGGAGGGAAUGUCUGUUCAGUGGGGCCCUAAAGAGCCUCUGACGACAGCCUUGCUGCCCGGUCACCGCACCAUGAACCCAUGCCCGGUAUAUGAGAAAACGAGCGGCCAAGUUUUCCUGUUUUUCAUCUGUGUGCAGAGACACAUCUCAGAAUGGCAUCAGAUCAUGUCGAGGAAGAACGCAGCCAGGCUGUGCUUUGUCUCUAGCCAAGAUGGCGGCUACACAUGGAGCCAGUUGACUGAUUUGACCGAUCAAGUGAUUGGACAUGACUUGAGAAACUGGGCCACGUUUGCUGUUGGGCCUGGCCACGGAUUGCAGAUGAGCUGCGGGCGCCUGGUGAUUCCUGCAUAUGCCUACUACAUGCACUGGAGUUUCUUUGCCCCCUCUUCUGUUAAUAACAUAAAACCACAUUGUUUUAUUUUCUACAGUGAUGACCAUGGGAAGAAUUGGGCAUGGGGCCAGCUCCUCAAGAGCUUGCACACUAUAGAAUGCCAGGUCGCUGAGCUCACUUCUCAAGAUAACGAGCAAGUGUUAUAUUGCAACGCUCGUAGUCCGGACAAGUAUAGGGUCGAAGCCUUCAGCGUGGACUAUGGAACCGAAUUUGAGGAGUCCUUCCUAUGCAAGGAGUUGCCCGAGACAGGAACUGGUUGCCAGGGCAGCGUGGUGAGUUUCACCCCAGUGCUGCAACCCUCAGAGCUGGAUCGAAGAGAAAAUACAUCUGCAUUAGAGACCACUAAGCCAUGGAUGGUUUUCUCCCACCCCGCAAGCAGACACAGGCGAAUCAAUUUGGGUAUCUACCUCAACACUUCCCCACAUGUGAAGGAGAGUUGGGAGGACCCAUGGGUGCUGUAUGAAGGGCCCAGUGGCUACUCGGACCUAGCCGUGUGCGAGGACGGCCAGUCGCUGCUCUUUGGUUGCUUGUUUGAAUGCGGAGUGUCCAACGAAAUUGAGGAGAUUGCCUUCCAACUCUUCACUGAUGCUGACCUCCUGAGAAAUGUAAAAGAAGACUGAUCUGGAGUCCCUGUUCCCUCGGAUGUGUUUCUGCCCUUAAUUCCUUGACAUUAAGAAACCAGCAACAGAAAACGAGAUCCUUUUUGUUUUCCUGCCUGUCCUCUCAGUCAUUGGCUUGGAGCUCUGAGGUUAAAACUUCAGAAAAUGGCUGCUACUCAACCAUCAAGCCCUCCUGUGAAGAGCACAGAGAACCUCCUGCCGCCACAUCUUUAAGAAGAUAACAAUAAAGAUUUUCCAAGCAGAUAACAGUAAACACAUUCCCUGCAGUUCAAGAAUUCCAUAACAGACGUGGCCUAAAGCUGGACUAUAUUCCUGGCACACGCUUGAUCCUCUGCCACUUUGUUCCUCAAUGUUUUAAAGAAGCCAUUUUCUAAACCUCGUGGGCGAAAAGCUUAAUGUUGGCUGGACAAAGGUUUGGUGAGAUCUCAGCAGCAGAAGGCAGGCUAAGGAGAACUUCCAUAACUGGGACACAGGCUUUCUUCCCCUGCCUUCAUUUCCCACCCUGACGGUUUUUAUGCUUCUCCUUAUUCUUGUAUCUAUAUGUUUCCAGAAGUGCUGGGAAAAUAAUUGGUUCCCAAAAAUUUGUCUUUUCCCAGUUGCCAUUACUGUUUGGUGUAUUGGGUAAGAGCGGCAAUACUCUAAUCUGGAAAGCCA